CCAACCCGGAAGUCUAGCUCUCACAUGUUGUUGUGUACAUGCACCGGUUUGCAGAGCUCAGCUGUCACUUUGUGCACCGCUAUCGCGAAUACGUUGACGUCAUAAAGCGCUUGAGAGAAAAAAUAAGACGAUGAAAGUGGUCGCGUUGAUAAGUGGGGGCAAAGACAGCUGCUACAACAUGAUGCAGUGUGUUGCUGCUGGCCACCAGAUCGUAGCCCUGGCCAACCUCCGCCCGGCUAACACAGAUGAGUUGGACAGCUACAUGUACCAGACGGUGGGCCACCAGGCCAUCGAGCUGUAUGCUGAAGCCAUGGAUCUGCCCCUGUACAGACGCACCAUCCAGGGCUCCAGCCUGGACACCAGCAGAAACUACAGUAAAACAGAGGGAGAUGAGGUGGAGGACCUGUAUGAGCUGCUGCACCUUGUCAAGGAAAAGGAGGGUGUCGAGGCGGUGUCUGUGGGGGCCAUUCUCUCCGAUUACCAGAGGGUCCGCGUGGAAAACGUAUGUUCGCGGCUAGGUUUGCAGCCCCUGGCCUACCUGUGGCGACGGGACCAAGAGUCCCUGCUCUCGGAGAUGAUAUCAUCUGACCUCCACGCUAUCCUCAUCAAAGUUGCCGCCUUUGGCCUGGAUCCAGAGAAGCAUUUGGGAAAACCUCUGGCUGACAUGGAGCUCUAUCUGAAACAGCUCUCCCAGAAGUACGGAGUUCAUGUUUGCGGAGAAGGAGGUGAAUAUGAAACCUUCACUCUGGACUGCCCCCUCUUCAAAAGGAAGAUAGUUAUUGAUUCAGCGGAGACAGUGAUCCACUCAGCAGAUGCCUUCGCACCAGUCGGCUACCUGCGCUUUACCGGGAUGCACACCGAGAGCAAAGACAGUGAUGUGGUGGCGAGAGCUUUGCCCCAUGGUAGUUGUCCUUGCCAGAGCGCCAUUGACAAGAUGACUGAGGAGGUGGAAUAUGCUGAUCAAGCCGAAGACAACCAACAAGAAUUUACAUCAAAUUGUGACCUUAGUUGUCAGCGGGGCCACGAUCUCCCUCCAUCCUGCUCACUAAGGAGCUCAAGAGGCUAUCAGUGGAUCUCUGGCAUCAACGGCCUUCAGAGCCAAGAACCAGGGAUCCAGGGCCAGACACGGGCAGCUUUCGCGCUGCUGCAAAGUGAGUUGGACAGCAGAGGUUGGAAAAUGAAGGACAUGAUCCUGGUCCACCUGUACGUUAGCUGCAUGGAAGACUUUGCUCUGCUCAACGCAGUCUACAAGAAACACUUUGGUUCAAACCCUCCAGCCAGGGUGUGUGUUCAGGCUCCCCUACCUGCAGGUCAGCUGCUGCAGAUGGACUGCCUGCUCCAUGACUGGAUCGAGCCCCUAGAGGAAGGCUGCUUCCACCAGAGGGAAGCCCUGCACGUCCAGAGCCUGUCGCACUGGGCCCCAGCCAACAUCGGGCCCUACAGCCAGGCCUUCAGGCUCGAUGAGUCAGUUUUCUGUGCGGGCCAAAUCGCUUUGGUCCCCUGCACCAUGCAGCUUGUAAACGCCGGCGCCAGGACGCAGGCCCGCUUGUCCUUCGGCUAUGUGAAGAAGGUUCUGGAGGCAGUGAUCAGCAGCCUGACUCUGGCUCAUGUCGUCCAGGCCCACUGCUACACCACGAGACGCCGAGACGUCCCCGUCGUCAGGGCCGCGUGGGAGAGCAUGCUGAGGGCCGCAGAGGAAGAGAAGGACUUGUCGUGGGAGCCUGAGUGCAAACCUGCGUCAUUAUUGGUCGCCGUGGUACCUGCCUUACCCAGGGGUGCAGCUGUUGAGCUUCAUGUAACUGCAAUUCAGGACGAUCCUGCCAAAAGGACUUCCUGUCACAUGACUACAAAUGUGGCGUGCGGUUCCAUAGAGUGCCGCACGAUAAUGUCCACAGACAUGUGUAGCGCUUCUCUCUCGCUGUCCCUGUCUGUGUCUGGCGGUAACCUGGAGGUCAGCGGCGUGAAGGAUGUAACGGAAACAGUCGCCGCAACAUUCAAGAAAGCCAUGAAGAAGAUGGACGCUGAGCUGGUGCCACUUUGUGCCAGGGUGUUCUACAAGUCCAACCACUCGGUGGUUCAGGAGAUUGUUGAAGGGCUUGAGGAAAGUUUGAGAAGCUGUCUGGGCGAGUCCAGUCCGUCCGUGGCCCUGGUCCCAGUCCUGGACUUGCCUGACUCCCAGAUCCUCCACCUGUCCUGCUGGCUCAGUUUAUAAUAGCCACACAGCCAGAGUCAACAACACGACUCCAGUCAUCCACGGCACUGGAAUUCAGUGGGGCUUUUCUGGAGAGGCGACUCUUACAGCCCCAACACAUAAUGACUUACAACACGACAUUGGUGAAUGCGGAGAAGGAAAAAACUGCUUCACUGCUCAUGAAUUUUUGUUGAAACGCAAAGCUGUGUCUGUCUCCAAGUGGGUCUGAUGGUGUGCCGUUUUGAGGGUGUGUUUAUUCCACCUCAUAUCCCCAAACUUAAGCCAGUAAUUCACGUUGUCCUCCUCUGGAGUUGUAAACCGUCUGCAGCAGCUGUUAUUAUGCCUCGGAGAUGGGUCUUAUGGAGCUUCUGUAAGCUGAAGCCGCAUACCAGAGGACCGGAGACCGUGGCCCACAGUAGAAGACACAGCAGUGUGCCAUUCCACGAGGAGAUAAACUGUAUCCCCUGAUGUCCCAGUGUCUCUGCUGGAAUUUCCCUUAGCACGCUUGCUAACACCCCUCAUAAAGGCCCAGUGCAACCGCUAACGCCAUCUGUUCAGUUGUAGACCUAUAGAUUUACUGUGUGGCUGUGUGUAAUGUGUGCGGAUGAGGUGACCGCAUUCCUCCCUCUCAUGCUCCAUGGGAUUCAAGGUGUGUUAUUAUUGUGUAAUAGGCAAUCAGCGCAGAGCACCUGAAAAGAUUAAGCCUCUUUAUGUUUUCUAUUGAUUCUAAGGCAACCUGGUUAAUAGGAGAGGGACGCUACAACACACAGCUGCGGGGCACGCGUGUGAUCUGUGUGUGUGUGUGUGUGUGUGUGUGUGUGUGUGUGUGUGUGUGUGUGUGCGUCGGGGGUGUCGACAGACACAGUGUGACGAUGCUGGGAAGAAAAUAACACCAUUAACCAUUGCUCCUGGAACAUUUCUUUUCUCAAAGAUCAUGAACCGUAUUGAUGAUCCGAGUUGGAAUGCAUCUUCACUCCGGCUAUUCUCCUCAUCGCGCCCGUGAUGGCGGGAGAGUGGAGUGGGCUUAUUGAUCUUUCUUCACCCGCCGCAAUGUUGUUUUGAUUGUUGUUAUCAAAAAUUGAACAAUAGAGGCAGCCAAUAGAGCCUGGAGAUUUUUAUUGGGGGUUGAGAAACACAAACAAGCAAUUAUUUAUGAGAGCGAGUCAAGCCAAUGCCCGGUAAAUAUACAGCGCGCGUUAAUGUUCAUCUAUUUGGUUUUAAAGGGCUCGACCACGGGGCGGUUCAGAGUUCCUCAAUGAUGCAGGACUAAGAUAUGGAUGUUUUUUUGAUGGAGUACUUUAUUACAUCUCAGUCAAGUAAACACCGUACAUUUCAUCCACAAACAUUUGAUUUCAUUUCAGUUUUCAGUAAAUGUAGCUUUUAAACGGCUCCAGGUUUAGCAAAUGCACAAAUAGUCAAAUUUUUGUUGAAGACAUCCCUCCAAGAGCGUUUUUCUUUGUCAAAUUACAUGUUUCACAUUUGAGUGUGCAGCCGAAGCAGGGCAUUGCCAAACAAGACUCGUUGUGAGUUCGGCAGUCAUACCAAAAAUAGUUCACAGGGAAAAUUGAAGAAUGUUUUUUGCUCAAAUUGAGCAAUGGAAAUGAAGUAACGACGCACAUCAGCUUGUGGAAAUGUACUGACGUUAUGAUUAAAAUUCCAUUUUAGUAAGA